GAUCCUGCCGGACACAUGGUACAAUAGCGCCGUUGUGCAGAGUUGGUGGGCCGACUGCAAGCCUGAAGAAGCUCACUGUGGCGGGACAUAAAACGCAAUUUAAUCCAUUGGCAGGCUUAAAUCGUACUUUUUGUCUGGGUGUGCUCUGGUGCUCGGUGCCGGGCGGCGCACGAUUGGGAUAAAGCGGACAGAAAAGGCCUGGACGUGAAGGGAUCAAAUUAAGUGCUGAAGUGUCAAUCAGAGAAAGCUACUAGCAUGCUUAGCUGGAGCUUUAUGGAUGUGACAGGAUGAAACGCCUCAGGACCCCCAGCAGCAGCGACACCUCUGACAAUGAGAGUCCCUCAACGUCCUUCUGCUCGUCCAACAAGUAUGGCAGCAAACCGGGAACCCCCGCUCCAGACCCGAGGAAACCGGCAGAAGUGUUCCGAAAAGACCUGAUCAGCGCCAUGAAACUGCCCGACUCCCACCACGUCCCCUCAGAGGACUACUACCUGCUGGCCGACUCCUGGAAGCAGGAGUGGGAGAAAGGGGUCCAGGUUCUGGCCAGUCCAGACACCAUUCCGCAGGCGUCGGUCAGGAUCAUAGCUGAGAAGUCCAAAGAGGUUCUGUACAGCCACCAGAGGAAGUACAUUCAGUGCUCUGGCCAGGAGACGGCAGAACCAGGUUAUGUCAACAUCAAGGAGCUGGCGGAGGCCAUGUGUCGCUACGACCUGGAUGACGUGGACCUGUACUGGCUGCAGAGCCUCAACACAGAGCUGCUGCGCAUGGGGGAGGAGCCCGUAGACGAGCUGACGAUGGAGCGUACCAUGGAGGCACUGGAGGGCCGGUGUCACGACAGCAUGAAGCACGCCAUCGAGACGGUGGAAGGUUUGGGCAUAGAGUAUGACGAGGACGUGGUGUGCGACGUGUGCCGCUCGCCCGACAGUGAAGAGGGCAACGACAUGGUGUUCUGUGACAAGUGCAAUAUCUGCGUGCACCAGGCCUGUUACGGCAUUGUCAAAGUUCCGGUGGGAAACUGGCUGUGCCGCACGUGCGUCCUUGGCAUCGACCCGCAGUGCCUCCUGUGCCCCAAAAAGGGCGGGGCCAUGAAGGCAACAAGGGCAGGCACCAAGUGGGCGCACGUCAGCUGCGCCCUGUGGAUCCCUGAGGUCAGCAUCGCCUGUCCUGAAAGGAUGGAGCCCAUCACCAAAGUGUCGCACAUUCCACCCAGCCGCUGGUCGCUCAUCUGCAGUGUGUGCAAGGUCAAGACGGGCGCGUGCAUCCAGUGCUCGGUGAAGAACUGCACCACACCGUUCCAUGUGACAUGCGCCUUCGAGCACAGCCUGGAGAUGAAGACCAUCCUGGACGAAGGCGACGAGGUCAAGUUCAAGUCCUACUGCCUCAAGCACAGCAAGCCAAAAGCAGGCGAAGCGGGCCUGAGCCCGGCACGCUCCAAGGCACCCUGUGACUCUGUCAAGGUGGGCCAGCGGGCUCAGCGGCUACAGGAGCUGGAGGAAGGGUUCUACGCGCUGGUCCAACCGGACGAGGUGUCGCGGGCUGUCGGACUCUCGCAACGCCUGGUGGACUUCAUCUACCAGUACUGGAAGAUGAAGAGGAAGAGCAACUUCAACAGAGCCCUGCUGGCGCCCAAAGAGGAUGAGGAAAACCUGGUCCUGCAGCCCCAGGAGGACAGCAUCCACACGCGCAUGCGCAUGUUCAUGCACUUGCGCCAGGACCUGGAGAGGGUUAGGAACCUCUGCUACAUGGUGAGUCGCCGUGAGAAGCUGAAGCUGCUGCAGAGCAAAGCCCAGGAGCAGAUGUUCAACUUGCACGUAACCCUCAUGAGCCAGGAGAUCUCCGCUGGUCUUGCUGCUUCCUUCCCAGUGGAGUGUCUCCUCUUCCGUCCUACUCCCAGGAUCACCCUGAAGCUAAAAAUGCCCAAAUCCUCCACUUUAGCACACGGGAACGGCAGUUCCAAAUGCGCCAACGGGCCUCUGUGCCCGGAUAACAGCGGUAACGUUUCAGAGCGUGCAAGUGAGGGUGUGGGUCAGGGGAAGCCUCAGCUGCACGGACACGCCCGCAGGGAGGAGCGCACCAACGGCCGCCUGACGGGCUCGGUGUUGGCCAUCAAGCCGACGGGGAAACCGCUGGCCCUGCACGCCGCGCUCCACGGCCACUCGUCCAACGGCAGAGCUGAGCAAGAGCGAGCGUCCAAAAACGGCCUCCUGGCGAAGCUGGUGGCUCAGAAGGACAGUUCGUGUCAGACUCCUGGUGAGCCAGACGCUCCCAAGCAGACUUUGGACAAAGGGGCUUUUGGUAAGUCUGCCAUGGAGCACUUUGGCAGGUCCUUCAAGGAGGCCACCAUGAACUUGGUACGGACCACAGAAGACCUGCGGGCGUCUGACAAGCUGACCCGGAAGGAGAGACUCUGGCCAAAGCCUGUGUCGGAACACAAAGCCAACAACAUGCGUUUGUACCAUGACAGUGACGGCUACUGCCCCGACCUGGAGCUCAGUGACUCCGAGCCCGAGGCAAAGGGGAAGCACCGACGCCACGCUGGGCCGCCUCUGCCACCAGACACGGCGAGGAGAAGAGGGGGCGGCCAGAAGGGUGCCGGGCGCGGGAAGCAGUCACUGGGCGCCACACACCGCGUGCAGAGCUGGCAGGCCACUUCCGGGUUCCUCGUGGAUGACGGCAGACGUUACGCAGGGCGGAUGGCGUCAUUUUCGACUAAGGUGGACUCAACCAUUUCAUUACGUGACUCAAACGGCGGAAAGUAAAACAUUCUUUAAUCAGUAAGCUUAACAGCGCCCAAAAUGUAAUGGGUUCAUGUUUGGGAUGCCACCCGUAUACAAACUAUCCUCAAUUAAGUAGGUUUCUUUGUUAUAUUCUUGCUAAACACCCUAAUGGAAAAUGAAUGGCACUUUCCGUUCCGUGAAGUCAAUUAUUGAAAAAAAAACGUGAACGCGAAUAGACUUGCACAUUGUUAUUAAUUAGUAAAGGUAACAUUUACCCAAGUAUGAGCCAUUAUCUUUCUACUGUUCUGCCCAUUUUAAGCAGAACAUAAUGCAUUUGGGACUUUUACCUUUGACCACGUCUACAUCAUAAUCGGGUCGUGACUACAAUGGCACGCCUUUCAUGAACCAAGAAGUAGUAUGAUAGCCAACGAACAAAUAUGAGGCGUUAAUAUAUCAAUUUUUCACCACUUUUUCUUUAAUGGCUCAGCCUUAGCAUAGGUCUUCGCCCUUACUGAGUGACAUUCUGUGGUCAUUAUAAAAUAAUACCUUAAAUGCCGCAACUAUAGCCGGGGUGUUUAUUUUGCUAAAUCGGAAGCUAACCAACUUAACAUUUUAAAUAUAAUAAUCAUUUGGAGUGCCUGAGAAAGUAGAAAGGCAAACAUCCUGUCUUUGUCAAAAUAGUAAUUGAUGAACAAGUGUAGUACACAACACAACAGUAACAGAAGCAAUGUUGUAAUGGCGGCUGUGAGUCAGCAUUAAUAGCGCUGACGAGUUGAACAACUGUAAGACAAGUGUAACAUGCAUGACUUUCCCAUCGACACCUGAGUAGCUACAUUUUAAAACAUUAGGAGGUUGCCUAUAGCCACAGCUGCUAAUGACUGUGUUUUUUUACUUAGGGCUAAUUAGAGAGCCCGACACUUAUUUGUUUUUGUAGGCCUUGCAAACAAUGGGAGACUCUGCGGUUAUUUGAAUAAAGGCAUUAAUUAGAGAUUUAUGGUAAUAUAUUAUUACAGCUAAAAUGAAAAUGAUAUUAUUAUUAAUAACAAAAUAAACAUGAUAAUAUUCCAUCCUUCUUCCUGUCUACUUCCUCUUAUCCUCCUCCCUCCCUGAAACACUCCCCCCACCUCUCUCGUGCUCUCUCUUCCGUGACUGCCUACACUC